UAGACCGAGGAUGGCAGCGAGGAUAUCCUUCUCGCAGUAUCGGCUGGAAGCAGAGAUCGAACGCUGUCGCGCUGAGUGCCAGUGGGACAAGAUACCCACGCUCGUGGAGCAACUGGUGUCCACGCGUAUCCACGAGGAUGAUGACUAUGGGAACCUGCUGCUGGCAGAGGCCCUUUUGGAGGAGUGUCUGCUAGAAAACCUGCCUCUCCUGCACAGCUCCACGCCACUGGUGGAGACGGACCAGCCCAAACUGGCCAAAGCCAAGGCCCACCUCAACAGCAUCCUGAACAGGGGCCGUCUGGGGCCGAGGUACGUAAAUGAGGCCCUUCUCCUGAUGGCCAAGCUGCACUAUGUCCAGGGCCGUUACCGUGACGCUCAAGGCAUGUGUGCCAGGGUGGGCAUAGAUGACCUGACCCGGGAUGAACAGCCACUCUACCACCUGCGGCUGCUGGCCGAGGCCUUUGUCAUCAAAGGUCUGUCCCUGGACCACCAGGCCGUGUCGGCUGCUUCCCGCGUCCGUCUGUGUGAGCGGGAGGAGGAGUGCCUGGCCUGCUACCUGAGGGCCUGUGAUACAGCCCUGCUGUACCUGCAGGAGCUUGACAAGACGAUCAGCGUACCACAGAAAGGGGCAAAGACCAGCAUAUCAUCAGCACCAGCGGAGUUUGAACUAAGCUUCUUCCAACAGGCUGCAUUACAGAGUGCAUACCUGUCACUACUGCACAAAGGUCACCUGGCACAGGGUGCCCACCAGCUGCGCAGGGUCCUGAGGGCAGUGGACUCUCGGGGGUCCCAGAGCUUCAGAAAGGCGGCCGCGCGGAGGCUGGCGGAGGUGCUGCUCAGCUCUGUGAGCGAGGACAGCUACUGGGACCCCCUGUCCCCCCCGCCUCUGGCCUGGCUGCACAGAGAGGGCGCGGCGGCCCCCAAAGACGCCGUCUACCCGUCCUCCAGACCGCCCCAGUUCUACAGCACCGACAGCUCCUUCUGUCCGCAGGACGUUGUGGAGGAGGCCAUACUGCUGCUGCUGAUCAGUGAGUCCAUGGCCAGCGGAGACGCAGUGAUCAGCCGCACGCCUGACCACGAGGAGGCCCGGGAGGCCAGCCUGCAGGAUGCCACCUCCGUCUAUGACCUGCUGAGCAUCGGCAUGGCCAGGAGGGGGCAGUACGGCAUGCUCUCUGAGUGUCUGGAGCGGGCCAUGAAGUUCUCCUUUAACGAAUUUCACCUCUGGUACCAGCUGGGCCUGUCGCUCAUGGCAUGUGGGAAGGGUUCAGGCGCCGUGUCUGUGCUGAAAGAGUGCGCCAAGAUGAGGCCCGAAGACCCCACCAUCCCCCUGCUGGCGGCUAAGGUGUGCAUAGGACAGCUCCACUGGCUGGAGGAGGGUGAGGCCCUGGCGCAGACAGUGGUUGCCAUGGGAGAUGGCGCGGCGGAGUUCCUGCCCCGAGCGCACCUGGCCAUAGGUCUCUGCUGCAGCCUCCAGGCCAGCGAUGCCACUUUGAAAGCCACUCGGGACGAAUUCAACCAACGAGCGUUGGAGUCAUUGCAGAGAGCUCACACACUGGAUCCAGACGACCCUCAGAUCGCGCUCUACCUCUCCCUUCAGCUUGCCCUCACCCGCCAGGUGUCAGCAGCCAUGAAGCCCCUGCAGGCAGCGCUGUCUCUGCAUGGGGACGACUUGCACUCCCUGCACCUGUUGGCUCUGCUUUUCAGUGCCCAGAAACACUACCAGCACGCUCUGGAUGCCCUCUCCCUCGCCCUCGGCCAGCACCCCGAGAACUUCAGCCUUCUGUUCACCAAGGCGAAGCUGGAGGAGGUGCUGCACGGGCCAGCGACAGCUCUGCGCACCUGUGAGGACAUGCUGCAGCUGUGGCAGACUCACUACGACUGCACACGCAGCAGCGAGGCAGACGAGAGCAGCAGUCUGCCCGAGCCAGCCCCACUCAGCCGCAAACCCAGUGGCAUUCACCUCACCCUCCCUGACUUCCAGGAUGCAGAGAAUGGGUCCCAGAGUGCUGCCUCUGUUGCUGCCUCCCGUCUGGAGCAGGCCAUGUCAGAGGUGUCGGCCAUCAGCUCUGCCCACAGACAAGGUCCUGCCCAUGUCUGGACAAUACUGGAGCGCAUUUGGCUGCAAGCAGGGGAGCUCUUCAUGGCCGAGGGCAGGGUGAAGGAGGCGCAGUUCUGCGCUCAGGAGGCGGGGGCGCUGUUCCCUGCGUCUCACGCAGUGCUCCUGCUGCGGGGUCAGCUGGCGGAGAUGCGAGGGUGCGACGCAGAGGCAAAGACCCUUUAUGACGAAGCCCUGACCAUCAACCCCGGGGGACACCGCAUCCUGCUGCAGCUGGGUCAGCUCCUGGUGCGGACGGGCCGCGUGGGUCUCGGGGAGAAGGUCCUGCGUGACGCGGUGCAGGCACAGAGCACGUCGCACGAGGUGUGGAGCGGCCUGGGAGAGGUGCUGCAGAGGCAGGGCAGCAGCCAGGCGCCGGACUGCUUCCUCACCGCCCUGGAGCUGGAGGCCAGCUGUCCCAUCAGGCCUUUCACUGUCAUUCCCAGGGAGCUGUGAGGGGUCGCGGCCUCACGCCACGCCACAACCUCCUCUCAGGGCGGCCAACAGAACGUACCCCUGAAAACACGCCUCUCUGGUCCCAUACCACCCCUUUCAACAUCCUGAGGACAUACCCACAUCACCAGUCCCCUCUACAUCAUGUUAUUACAGUAUUACAAUGACUUUGUUUAUUUAGGAUUAUAUUUUACAUAUACUCAGUUGCAUUGCUGGGUAUUUGCUGAAGCAUGUUGCUCAAGUGCACAGAUGCCAUUGAAUUUAAACUUCUAUUCCUCUGAUUGCAGAAGUGAGUCCACAUGAAUGAAAAAUGGGUGGAGCUGUCAUGUACAAUCAGUGACUCACUAAUUUUAACCAAUCAAAGUUUUUUGUAAGGAGAGUGGUGGCUUUUUGAUUGGUUCAUUUCAGUCAGUGAUUGACAGCACAUGGAAGCUCCACCCAAUAUGGAGUUCCCAAAAGCCUUGCUCUCCCAUCACUACACAUCACUGCAAUCAUGAUCACAGACAGAUAUGCCCAGUCUGUCACCUGGGUGACCUCUCAGGAUGCUGACAGGCCAAAGUAAGGAGUGUACUGUCCCUCACGCCUCCCUUGUUGAAGAUGUUCCCAAUCCUUUCUUCCUCAUUCUUCCGCUUCCUCAGGGUCAUUCAGAAAACCUCAACAGCCUCUCGAUGAUGAACCUUUAAGAUGCUGAACACAGCAAGGGUCUGUGGGACAGGGUUGUCUCACCCUGUGCAGUUAUACCAAAGAGACACAGGCGUGCACACUCAUACACGCACAAACAUGCAUAGGCUGUCUCAGUCAUGGCUGCAGCCCACACACGCACACGCACACACACACACACGCACACACACACACACACACACACAUACAGACACACUCAGGGAUGCGGGUUAUGCUGGCAUAGACACAUUCCCCUCUCAAA